AUGAUUGGCUGAAAUAUGUGGAGAUAUUCUGAUUCAUGUCAAGGUUGUUCCUCAGCACUGAGUGCGGCCCUUGCCUGGAGGAGAGAUUUGAAGAACCAAAAGUUAUUGGGUAUAAGUCGACAACCCACGAUGUCAACUCCAAUCUACACUGUAACCUCGAUACUAUCCAAGCCCUACGUCAUGAAGAAAGAUGGCGACGGCUAUAAGGGAUUCCUCGUUGAUGUACUCGACAAAGUUGCCGAGUUGGUGGGCUUCAAAUACAACAUUCGGCUCUCUAAAGACGGCCAAUACGGAUCUUACAACAAUGGACAAUGGAGUGGCAUGAUUGGAGAGGUGGUACGAAGGGAGGCAAACAUAGGUCUGGGAGACGUCAUCAUUACCAGAGAAAGGGAACGCGUUGUGGACUUUUCAAAGCCAUACCUAACCCAGACGCUACGUCUUCUGGUGAAAAGGUCUAGAAGGUAUGACCCUGGUCUUGGUCUUUUGCUGGAACCAUUCUCGGUGGAGCUUUGGUUUUAUAUCCUGUUUGCGCUUCUCCUCGUGGCAAUCCUAUUCGUCCUCAUCGGUCGGUUCAACCCGUUUGAAUGGAGACAGGUGGCAUCGGACAAAGACCCCAGAGGUGCAAGACACAGCUUUGGCCUGAGAGAGAGUUUCAUGUUUGUGUUCAGCACUAUCACACUGCAAGGUUACCGAGAAACGCCCCGGUCUCUGGCAGGGCGGGUGUUGGCCGUGUCGUGGUUCAUCUUCAUCUUCUUCACCGUGGUGGCCUACAUCGGAGCAGCUGUGACCUUCAUGUCGGCCGGAGUAAGGAUGCAACCACUGCCUUUUGAAGGUCUUGAGGACAUAGUUGAUGGUGGUGAAAUCCAGAUUGGAAUGGUGCGCCAUGGAAGUGCGUUUCAGAAAUUCAAGACGAGCAAAAUAGACAUGUACCAGCGUGUGGCUGACUAUGUUGAGAUGCAGAACUCGUUUGUCAACAACACUGCAGAAGGAAUUGAAAGAGUAAGACGUAGUCAUGGAAACUUUGUAAUGAUUAUGGAGUCGUUGACAGCUGAAUACCAUGCCGAGCGACCACCAUGUAGUGUUAUGGUGUAUGGAAAAAGUUAUUUCAGUCAGGCCUUGGCUCUUUUCACAAAUCAAGGGUCCGGUCUCAAGCAGAAAAUCGAUGAUGCAUUGCUCAAAUUGAGAGAGGAUGGAACAAUACACAUGCUGCAGCGGAAAUGGUGGAAAGCGGGGUUCUGUGGGCCUGCUGUGUACAAAAAACAACCAACCACCAGGGCUGUACAAGUUUCGAUUCGGAGACUUGCAGCACCGUUCCUACUCCUGCUGGUGGGUGCCAUUCUGGCUGUUGUAGUCCUGUUGGGCGAGAUCGUCUUCAGAAAACACAGGCAGUAGAAGGCCAUACUGGUUUCAUGCAUGAGGUGCCUGCUGAGGUCCUGUUGGGCGAGAUCGUCUUCAGGUAACUUAUGCAGCACACGGCCAAUCUGGUUUCAUGCAUGAGGUGAAUGCUGUUUACCUGUUGGGCGAGACUGUUUUCUGGAGACUCGUCUGUGGAGUGUCAUGUCUGUUUGUAAAGAUACCUGCAUUCAUGCAUGACCUCCUUUGCAUUUCCCUUCACUUUGCGUAGCCAUCGUAACUACAUCGUAGUAAGGAGUUGUGUUGACAGUGGAAAUUUUCAGACUGUUAUCGUAGAUGUAUUCAUAUUUAGAUACCUGCACACCCCAUAUAGACAUUUACCUUGACUAACGUGUGCUUCACGAUACCAGCCCGGUGGUUAAUUAGCUGUGUAUUCAGGUUUACUGUCAUGAUCUUGUGGAACACAUAAAUCAAUGAAGCAGUGUUCAGUUAGAAGGUGACUGCAUGUUUUUCUAACAUUUACAUUUUAUACCUUUGAGUCGGAUGCAUAUUUCAGCCGAUGGCCAGGUAGUCUCAAGUGCCAAAUUCCAUUCCUUAGCGGAACCCUGUGACUUUUGGCCCGCAUCUCAGGAUUGCCACUUAUCUAAUCACUUUUGUAAGUCGAAGCAGGAUGAUGUUGGGUUCGAAUCUAAGGUUACUCUUAUCCUUGGUAAGUCGGAACCAUACCUAAAGUUGGAAGCAUCCAAGUCUUCAUCGGGCUGUCUGUAUGAUUGUGUUGACACUUUAUGUAGACUUCUUAUAUACCAAUUACAAACACUUUCAGUGUACAGAUGCCUAAAUCAACCUCUCUCAUUAUUGUAUUGGUAUUGUAUUGGCUUAUGUAAAAAGGAAUAUAUUAUGAAAACAA